CACGUCGCGUUGUGGUCGCUUUGCGUGGCAUUCUCACGUCCGUGUUUACAAGUGAAGCGUGACGUUCAUAGGAGUCGCAAGAAUACGUCGCGGAGCACCGCCGAAAGCAAUUUAUCUUCGGCAAAAGAAAAAUACCAUGAUGCAGUCGCUUCGGGUAUUUCUAAAUGCGAGACUGACUGCGGCAGCUGAGGAAAUAUUCGGUGCUGUUGAAAAAACUAUAUCUGAUUACAAGGAAGAGAUCUGCCGUUCCAAAGACCUAGAGAUCAGUCGGCUGCGGAUGCAAAUCAAGAUCCUGAAGUCAGUCCCUCGGACGGAGAGGUGCUCCGUCACACAGCCACUGCACACCCAUCAGCAGCCGCACCAUCAAUCAAUCCCCCCUGUCCCUGCAGUGGAGGCCUCCGAGACGCCGCACUGCGAGACGGAUGAGGGCAGCAGUAUGGAGCAGGAGCAGCCGGAGCCUUCGCUGCUGGUCAAGAAGGAGCAGCAGAAGGCAACGCAUAGAGAGUUCUGGAUGAGCCCCGACGAGGAGCAGCUGGACGGGCUGGAUUCGGACAUCAAAGAUUUUAUCUCGUCCCCCUCCAGUCUGAAAAAUAAUCUGCAAGAUGCCGUGUUGCCUUUCCACCCCUACCAAAACAACGGCGAGGAAAACAAAGACAGGCCGUAUUGUUGUUCUGUGUGUGAAAAACGUUUCAGCAACUGCUCCCACCUGGCCGCGCACAUCAGGACACACACAGGGGAGAGACCGUACAGAUGUGAUAUAUGUCGAAAAACCUUUAUAACCACAAGCGCGCUGAACAGACACCAGACUAUACACACCGAAGGGAAACACUUUAUAUGUAAUUACUGUGGAAAGUCUUUCAAAUGGAUGGAGUCCCUUGGCAGGCACAUGCGGUGUAUACACAAGAGAGAAAAUAUGCCUGUAUGAAUGAGUGUAUUGUUAAGACUGAGUACGCUGUUUAAUGUGCACGGUGGAGUGGCUUUAGCUGUCCUACAGCUACAGGCCUAUGUAAAUUAAUUAUUAUAAGAGUGAAAAGUCCAACUGAACUCGCUGUGUUGCAUUGGUUCACAUGUCCUCUAUUUGUUAUGAAUGUGCAUGCCUCAUAAUUUCCAAAGUGUGAUAUUGUAAAAAAAUAUAUGUAUACUUAAAGAUAUUGCACAACUGCAGAUCACAAUAAUUGAUAUCCGUUUAUUUCUCCCCCAAAGAAUUCAAGCUUUAUUCUAUUACAGAUAUUCUACACAUUGAAGUGUUACAGACAAGUAGGAACACGUGUAUGGAUUCCUUCAGUGUUUACACUGAAUGGAUCAAAUGAUGCUUCGGAAUUGGAAUCUUUGUAAAUCCGAAUAGGAUGGGGAAUGGACGCCAUUUACUCCAGCAGAGGGCAGUCACUAUAUAAAAGCAGCAGUUCAUUCACAUUUUCGUAUUAAGGCAGCUUUCUAUCGCCAACGUUUACCCCAAAGAAAUACCAAUUCUCAUUCAAUAAUGAAUAAUAUAUCAGUUUAUCCAUAUGUGGUGUCAUUUGAUACCACAUCCGGGUAUCCAUUCUGUAGUUGGCUGCAUGUGCCACCGUUCAAUAGACAGAUCAUGGGGGCUAUUGUUGGUUAUACGUCGACUUUUUCUCAUGUACUGCAAGAAAGGCAAGCACUCACAGAUCCCAGUAACAAUAUUAACAAUCUAGCUGCAUUUCAAUGGAUAUAAACAUGAAAACUUGUGAUAAAUGUCACUGGGCAGUGAUAUAAAGCAGGGGCCAGAGCUAACACAAGGUAUACCCCCAUUUAUCAUCCAUAACUCUGGCACUGUCCCCCUCACCCAGCAAAUGACUGAUGGACUGCUAAGAAUAUCUCCCAGAUGUACUGUCACCAGAGGGUAAAAUUAGAUUUAUCUCGCUACUUUACAUUAUGUUGACACACUUAUUCAAGGUGACUUUCAACAGCAUGGAAAAAAGAAACCUACGGCCUGACUAUAACCUGAACAUGUCCCGUAUAUAAUAUUAUGUGUAAGUUAAUGGAUACAGAAAACGUUUUUUAAACCCUGAUAGACACGAGUCUUGCUUGUAUAAUAAAC